AUGUCCCGCGAAGGUUUUCAGAUUCCGACAAAUUUGGACGCAGCAGCUGCAGGUACUGCGCAAGCAAGAACUGCGACGUUGAAGUACAUCUGUGCAGAAUGCUCGAGCAAAUUGUCGCUAUCUCGGACGGACCCAGUGCGGUGCAAGAACUGUGGUCAUAGGAUUCUGCUCAAGGCCAGGACCAAGAGAAUGGUUCAAUUUGAAGCUAGAUGA